GAAAAGUCUUCCCACCAUUAACAUCCUUUCCAAAUUCCACUCCUUCCACCCCGCUAUAUGAGGGAGCCAUUUCUCCGCCUCCGUCCUUUCCUUUUGUACCACAAAAACAUCUCCCACGAUUCCUCGUAUCUUGGCAGAAUCAAGAAUCUCCUCCAAUGGCGACCCUCAGCUGCUCCACUGAACAGCUGGCCGGCCUGUUCGGCCCCAACACCACCAACGCGACGGAGGCCGCCGCCUACAUCUGCUCCGCAGUCUCCACCAUCUCCACGACCUUCCAAGACACUCAGCGGGCGGUUGACACCACCUACCUGCUCUUCUCGGCCUACCUCGUCUUUGCGAUGCAGCUCGGGUUCGCAAUGCUGUGCGCGGGAUCCGUGCGGGCCAAGAACACCAUGAACAUCAUGCUCACUAACGUCCUUGACGCGGCGGCCGGCGGUCUCUUCUAUUACCUCUUUGGGUUCGCGUUCGCCUUCGGGGCCCCCUCCAACGGCUUCAUCGGCCGCCACUUCUUUGGCCUCAAGGAGAUCCCCGACGGCUCUUCCGCCAUGGACUACAGCAACUUCCUGUACCAGUGGGCCUUCGCCAUCGCAGCUGCCGGGAUCACGAGCGGGUCCAUCGCGGAGAGGACACAGUUUGUGGCGUACCUGAUUUACUCAUCUUUCUUGACCGGGUUCGUCUACCCUGUGGUCUCUCACUGGUUCUGGUCCUCUGAUGGUUGGGCCAGCGCGUUCAAGCCCGAUGAUCGGUUGUUCGGGACCGGGGUCAUCGACUUCGCCGGCUCUGGCGUUGUCCACAUGGUUGGCGGCAUCGCUGGCCUCUGGGGGGCCUUCAUUGAGGGGCCACGCAUCGGGCGCUUCGACCACACCGGCCGCUCGGUGGCCCUCCGCGGUCACUCCGCCUCCCUUGUGGUGCUCGGUACCUUCCUCCUCUGGUUCGGGUGGUACGGCUUUAACCCAGGCUCCUUCAACAAGAUCCUCGUUACAUACGGUGCAUCAGGGCAGUUCUACGGCCAGUGGAGCGCCGUCGGUCGCACAGCCGUCACCACCACUCUCGCGGGCUGCACGGCGGCCCUCACGACCCUGUUCGGGAAGCGGAUUCUGUCUGGGCACUGGAACGUCACCGACGUCUGCAACGGCCUCCUUGGUGGUUUCGCUGCGAUCACAGCCGGCUGCUCUGUCGUGGAGCCGUGGGCCGCAAUCGUAUGCGGGUUUGUAGCUUCCCUUGUGCUCAUUGGCUGCAACAAACUCGCCGAGAAGGUCAGGUUCGACGACCCGCUCGAAGCGGCUCAGCUCCACGGUGGGUGCGGGGCAUGGGGCGUGAUCUUCACGGCUCUGUUCGCGAAAAAGGAGUACGUGGCCCAGGUGUACGGAAGCGGCGUCCAUUACGGGCUCUUCAUGGGUGGCGGAGGGAAGCUGCUGGCGGCGCACGUGAUCCAGAUACUGACGAUCACUGCGUGGGUCAGCGCCACCAUGGGCCCUCUCUUCUUCGUGCUACACAAGCUCAGGCUCCUCCGCAUCUCGCCGGAGGACGAAAUGGCCGGCAUGGAUCUGACCCGGCACGGUGGCUUUGCCUACGUCUACCAUGACGAGGACGAUUCCCAGAAGAACGGUGUUCAGUUGCGGAAGAUUGAACCCUCCUCGACCGUCCCUUCCAUUUAAUGAAUUAGCUAGUCGAUAUAUUAGUUAAUACUUCGGCCAAAAAAAAUUUAUCUAGUUAAUAGUAAAUCGAUAGGUUGUACGUAUUUUUCGAUAUAAUUUCAAUGUGCUCUGCACUUCAUCUCAAAUUGAUCCUCUAACUCGAGGUGUCUCAGUUUCACUGCAA